UCAGCAUUUACAUUUUUAUAUUCUUAACAAAAAAUACAGUUUAUUUCAAGAUUAAUGAGACAUUUUAAAAACACGAAUUCAUCGUCCUGUGAGUUUAAGGAGAACAUUUGCCUUUUGGAUGUAAUCUAUACCGCACCUGUUGCUUGUUAACAGCGCAAAAGCGCGAACAAUUUGAAUAGAUUUCGAUUUUUUUGGGUGCAACAAUGUUGACUAUUUUCCAAUAGAAGAUACACUCGAGACUGUAAUCAAGAUCAUGGAUAGAUAUGAGUUUGAUUCUAAUGCAAGCUGCAUUUUUUUUGACAAUGAGUCCACAAGGAUCAGGAGCGACACCUCAUUUUCAGCACCUAUCAUGGUGAUCCUGGUGGUGAUGAUGGUGACUUUGGUGGUGCUUAUUGUUUUGGGGAACGCGUUGGUCAUAUUUGCCUUUAAAGUGGAUAAGACUCUGAGAAGGCAGAGCAACUACUACUUUCUCAAUCUGGCAAUAUCAGAUUUUCUAGUCGGUGCAUUCUGCAUCCCUGUGUACAUUCCCUACAUCCUGACAGGCCGUUGGAUGCUUGGCCGGGGUCUGUGUAAGCUUUGGUUGGUCAUGGACUACCUUCUGUGUACCGCCUCUGUCUUUAACAUCGUCUUAAUCAGCUACGAUCGCUUCCUCUCUGUCACCUGUGCGAUGACUUAUCGUGCCAAACAAGGCAUGACUCACCGAGCCAUUGUGAAGAUGGUGGCUGUUUGGGUGCUGGCCUUCCUCCUCUAUGGCCCUGCGAUCAUCUUCUGGGAUCUGGUUGUUGGCAGCAGUUGUGUGCCAACUGAGAAGUGCUUUGCUGAGUUCUACUACACCUGGUACUUCCUCUUGAGCGCCUCCAUGCUAGAGUUCUUCUCUCCCUUCAUCUCAGUCACCUUCUUCAACCUCAGUAUCUACCUCAACAUCCGCCGGAGGAGGCUCCUACAGAACAAGGAGGAGGCCCACGCCCGGCCCCCAGCCCUCUCUGCGUCAAGGGAGUGCAUCCGUCUGGCCUCCCUCUUCUCCCGGAAGUCGGCGGUGGGGAAGAAGCCCUCUGCGUCGGGCGAGAGGGGCUCAGGGUCCUUCCACUCCCAGACCUCCCCGGCCCCGGUGAAGAAACCCGAGAUGUCCUCGGCCAGGCGGGGCCAGUGCAGCCGGCUGUCCAGGGACAAGAAGAUCGCCAAGUCCCUUGCCAUCAUUGUGUGCGUGUUUGCUGUCUGCUGGGCUCCAUACACCCUGCUGAUGAUAAUCUGUGCCGCCUGCCGGGGACAAUGCGUCCAGGAACACGGGUAUGAGGUCACCUUCUGGCUUCUGUGGUUCAACUCGGCCAUUAACCCCUUCUUGUAUCCGCUCUGCCACAGCAGCUUCCGGAGGGCCUUUGGCAAGAUCCUCUGUCCCAAGAAACGCUCCACUCAGUCCUCGUCUGACCCGCCGUCUAUCCAGUGAUCCUGAGGGGCCUGGCUGGACAGAUGGUCAGACAUGUUGUUUUUAACAACACACCGUAAGAACAGCUCCUAAACACAUCCGUGACCUUCUCACUCCCGUCUCGUCUGGAGUUGGAACAGAGCGUAGUGUUGUCAUACUGACUAGUGUUACCUGUUCUGGAGUUUGUGUUAGUGCUGUCAAACGAUUAAAAUAUUGAAUCGCAUUAAUGUCAUAGUUAACUCGCGAUUAAUCGCAAUUAAUCGCACAUUUUUAUCUAUUCUAAAUGUCACUUGAUUUCUUUUUGUCCCAUUCUUUUUUCUCAUUUUAAUGCUCUUAUCAACAUGGAAAAGUGGAUCGGAUU